AUGGGUGAACUGAUAAAGAAUGCAACAUCAGUGAAUGGUGAUAAUUAUGAGUUUUUGGGGCUGGAUGAAUAUGUUUCUGAUGAGGCCCUGGCUGCUGUGGAUCUGUUCGAAGGAUAUCACGAUGGGAUACUACGGUUUGCUUCAGUCUGCUGCAUGGUAUUCAUGCUCAUUGGGAUUCCAGGGAACUUGAUCACGAUCAUCGCUUUGGCACGCUGUAAAAAAGUUCACAAUGCAACUGCUCUCUUCAUAAUAAAUCUGUCUCUGUCUGACCUGUUGUUCUGCUGUCUGGAACUACCAAUGGCAGCUACGACCUUUUGGGCGAAAUCUUGGGUGUUUGGGAUCACCAUGUGUCGGGUGUUCCCGAUGGCGAAAUAUGGCCUCGUUGCUGUGUCACUGUUUUCCAUCACUGCUAUCACCAUCAACAGAUACAUCAUAAUUUCACAUCCCAUGCUGUAUACGAAGAUAUAUACCAAAAGAAAUUUAAUACUAAUGGUGAUGGCAAUAUGGCUUUUUUGCAUCUCCGCAAUGAUACCGAUGUGGACAGAAGCUUGGGGCCGAUUCAGUCUAGACCCUAAGAUAGGUUCAUGCACCAUAAUCAAAGACAUCCACGACAGAUCUCCCAAGAAGUACCUCUUCGUUAUAGCCUUCGUGAUCCCUGGAUUGACUAUAACAUUUUGCUAUGCUCGAAUAUUUUUUAUUGUUAAACGAGUUACUAAAAGAUCUCACUCUAGUUAUAACGUAAAUAGAUGUGUAACAGAAAGCAUUGCAAUUGAUAUAAAUAGUGCAAGAACAAGUACCCUUGCAAAUAUUAAAAUAAGUAAUCCUAAAAUGUAUAUCCGACAUUUACAAUGCUUGUCCACUCCAAGCUCUGAAAAUUCCUCUUGCUCUGGAGUUGAAACACCCGAAAAUGAUAUCGAAUCAGAUCUGAAUCGCAAGAGAACCAGCACAAUUGAUAAAAUUAGAAAGGCUUUUAUAAACCGUCGCCCGACAUUAUCGCCCAAACCAAAUCUUCCGACAAGAAAGGACAAGAAGUUAAGAACAAUGAUUGUGGCAAUAAUGCUCGCUUUCUUCUUGUGUCAUCUCCCAAUUUCACUAAUAAAGAUCUUUUUCGAAUUCACAAAUCAUACUUCAUUGAAAAUAGUGAGUUACGUUCUAAUCUUCUUGACAACGUGUGUCAACCCUAUCAUCUACGUAGUGAUGUCUAAUGAAUAUCGACAAGCUUACAAAGACCUUAUAACGUGUCAACCUCAAACUGAUGCCGAGUCAGCAGGUACAAGAAUAGUUAACACCUUAAAUAAGUCGUUUAGACGGUCUUCGAGAAAAGUCAAAUUAAAGAAUACUCAAGAUGUUAAUUGUUGAGCUAUGUUAAUGAAUGGUGAGAAGUGUUUGCCGUCCGUUUAUCGUGCUAAGGAUAGUGUUUGCCAGGAUCUCGAAGGAUUUUGGACAGUAGCGGAUAUAGCAUUUAUAGAUGUCUAAGAUAAUCGAAUGUAAAUAUUAUUGUAAAUACUAAGCAAUACUGUAUCUAAGUUAUUUAUGUGAGAUAAAUUAUAAGCACUAUGAUAUUUCACCAUUACGAUACUCGUGAAUAAGCAUUCCGUUUUGAAAGUAUUGUUGCGGUAUAUAAAAAUAUUAUAAUUGGUAUAACAGAUUUGACAAUAGUAGGUAUGUGUUAAAAUUAUUUGCUGAAUUGGGUCGUAUGUGAAGCCAUUAACUGUACUAUAGUAACAUACAAACUCAAAGCAGUAUCUACUCGUCCAAUAAUUUUUCUGUAGUCUGUAAUGAAUGUUAGGGAAAAAAAUAAAUUCAAUUUCUUAUCCCAAAAUAAAUUACAAGACCAAAAUUACUUGUAGAUGUUACCUCAUCGAUGGUUUUCUCAUUUACUUACUAACACAUUGGCGACCUAAUAUAGCCCGAUGAGGCCGUCGCUGCUGUUAAACAAAUUUUAUAAGAAAAUGACAUUUCGUAACAUCCUAAGUUUCCAACCGGGCUAAGUAUCUUUGUCAUUAUGUACCUACCACGAGCGACAAUUACACACAUUUGUGUGUCAUAGUUUUGACUUUUGACCACAGGUCAUGGCGUCAUUCAAUGAAUAUUGUUUACUACGCACAAGCUAUAUUUCUCACUGACUGAUCGUAGUUUACUGCUAAGAUCAACUCAGUAAUGAGUACAUUAAACAUUUUAGGAUUUAGAAAUAUGUAAAACUGAACCCUUGAACUAUUUAUUCGUGGAAAUCUAUUUGACACCAAAUCUCCACAUAUUUUUAAAAUCCCCAUCAUAAUUAAUAGGUUCAUGAAGUAUGAGAUAGGUAUAAUUAUUAUAUUUGAGUUCUAAUGUUACUUUAUUAAAGCUAUUUGCGUUUUCAAAAUCUAGACAGGAUUCCCACGAAAGCUAUUCUUAAAAAAGAGAACUUUCGUACAAAUUUGUACAAUAUCAACGUGUGAUAUUAUUGUAUAUAAGGUGGAUGUCAAAGACAUAAAAGAAACGUUUUGAGAAGAUAUAAUUGAAUCGACGAAGGUGCUGCUUAAAAAGAGUUUAUGUAAGGAUAGAAUCGAUCACAAUAAAAUAUGAUAGGGUAGAUGACAAGGUCAGAAAAUUGUAAAAAAUAUGUAUACGCUAGAUGAAAUAGAUAUAUUUAAUCAUUGUAAUAAAUCAUAGACUGUGAAAAUGUUGCUGGAUCCUUAAACGAAUAUUUAAAGUUGGUUGUAAUUCCAUUAAAAAAAAUUACAAAAUUAUGAAAACAAACUCAACUAUCGUAAAAAACUAAAAUUUUGAAACAAAAUUUUAUCAGGAUAAACAACGCAAAUUUAAGGUAAAUGUCGAACAAACAUAGCUUUUUGUCGCGUUAGACUUAGUAUGGAGCAUUUGGACUAGUGUAAAAAUGACUGAUUUUAUUAGUCUUAUUUUUGAAAGUAUUGUCAUUAUCACAGUAAUUGUUUCACUGGUGUUUCUAAUAAUAUAAAGGCCUUCGAGUAGUCAUCUACCUUAUUAUGUGUCCCAGAAACUGUUACGUGUUCUACUGAAAAAUAUAAUAUAUUUUACUUUGUAUUAUCGUUAGGUGUAUAUUUUUUCCUCGAAUAGCAAAUCGAAACACAUAAGUAUACUUAAUACAUAUUAAUUUAAAAUUAAAUAUAAAUUAUAUAUAUAGAAUAUAGAAUCUCUUAGAAAUAGAAUGUUCAUUCCAUUUUGAAAAAUAUUUAGAAAGAAAAUAAAAAUAUGUAAUAACAAAUAAUUAAUAUGCAAAAAAACUCAGCAAUUACCUAUCAAAAAUAUUUUAUCAUUUUAUGCUAUAGACUUAUUUAUGUGUGUCGUUAUCCUAAACGACAACAAAAAUGGCUGCUGUAUAAAAAAUCUAACCUAGUAUAAGUAUAUUGAACUAUAUUGUACAAUAUAUGUCAAAACGGCAUAGAAAAAUGAAACCGCGAUGUUGUUAAUCUGGUAUUGAAUCAUAAGGAAUUGAAAUUGAAUAUGUUUUAUAACACAUGUUAUAUGUACAUAAACGGUAUAUGUACAAAGUUUAUUAACUUCUAUUUGUAACAAUAAAUUUAAGCAGCGAAAAAGUGUUGAUCAUUUCAUAAUGAUUCUCGAAUCAUACCUAAUAAUUUCUAAUAGCAAUUUAAAUAUUUUAUACAAUACGAAAAGAUAUAACAUAUUAAGCUUUAUAAAUAUACGAUACAUGCGUACAUGAUAAUCCAAAAAUAUGAUCUACAUUUUAAUAACAUUAGUAUUUAUUGUGCUAUGCAUAAAAUUUAAAUUGUGUAAAAUAUUAGUUAAACAGACUUAAAUAUGAGCACCAAUAAGUAAUGGAAAAAAACCAUUUGUGUAAAGAGAUAAAAAUCAGUCAAAAUUUUUACUGACUGCGUUUUGAACUUUUGAAAAUAUCUACCUACUACUUAGAUUUUAUACUAAUUAAUUACGCCAGUAAAUACUGCUUUUUAUCUCAAAAUACCUAUUUUCAAAAUACGCUUUGGUCCCAAUUUUACAAAGAAUAAUGCAGAUAAGCAGCAUAAUAACAAAUUUUAAUUCAUAGUGAAUUCAUAGUAGUUCGAAAUUUCUUGACCGUUAAAGUUUGAUUACAAUCAUAAUUAUGAUAUUUAUAUGAUAAUUGUAUAAUUAUACCUAUUUAUUACGAUUGUUGGUUUUUUUUUUUCUUUAAUUCAUCGAUAUAUUUAAGUAGGAAAAGUAAAGAAAGAAAAUUAAAUUUUAUUGUUUUAUAAAUUGACAGUAAGCGUAAAUUAUAAAAAUUGCUGCUCUUAAUAUUAUUUAACUAACGUUUUCGUUUGACCUCAUAUACACUUCGUUAUAAAUAAUGUAACGUAGAAGUUAAAUAUUUUACGAACAUAGGUAUAUGCAUGUUCAAUUGUUCAUUGUAGUACAUAUUAUGUUUGUAAUUACAACGUACCAAAGAUAUGCAAUAAAUUGAAUCAUAAUUAGGUAGAUCAUUAUUAUGAAAUUAGGAUUAUGACUCAUUAUUAUUAUUUGUUAUUAUACUUAGUAUUAUUAUUUAUUUGUCGUGUUUUGUAUAGGAACAGCUGCUGAGACCAAAGCAUUAUUGUCAUUAACGUGUCAUAGUUAUAUCAUACGAAACAUGAGUAGUGUCAACAAAAUUCCAAGAAAAAAAACCUUUUCUUUUUAUUUUUUAAACGGACCGAUUGUUUUCAUCUUUUUUUUGCUGACACUGUGUAUUUACGAACACACGUGGAUAUAUUAUAAGUCGAAUAAAAACAGUAGGUACCAAAGAACCAAUCUCUUGGGGCCACAAAUCCCAUAAGCCAUUGUACUUACCAAAGAUGUAAUUUAAAUAAAAUGUUUCAAUUUAUUA